AGAGACCAAUGAGAGUGAGGGGGAUUUCCCCACCCUUCCUCUACGCCAGAGCGAGGCUGCCCUCCACCACCCGGCAUUCCCAGUAUGCACCGCGGACAGCAGCAGUAGAAAAUAGUCAGCUAACGAAAGGCUACGAAAAGAGAACCAGAAAAGGGGGUAGCUCACCAGCUAAAUUCAAGAGCCUAACUCUAUUCAACGUUACCCAGAAGCGCUAACAUGGCUGACAACGAGAAACUGGACAACCAGCGGCUGAAGAAUUUCAAGAAUAAGGGCCGAGAUUUGGAGACCAUGAGACGACAGAGGACCGAGGUAGUGGUGGAGCUCAGAAAGCACAAAAGAGAUGAGCACCUCCUGAAGAGGAGGAACGUUCCCCACGAAGACGUGUGCGAGGACUCCGAUGUUGAUGGAGAUUUCAGAUCACAAAACACCUCUCUUGAAACAAUAGUACAAAAUGCCACCAGUGAUAACCAGGGCAUCCAGCUGAGUGCUGUUCAGGCUGCCAGGAAGCUGUUGUCCAGUGACCGUAAUCCUCCCAUAGAUGACCUGAUUAAGUCUGGGAUCCUUCCCAUCCUGGUGCACUGCCUGGACAGAGAUGACAACCCGUCUCUGCAGUUUGAAGCAGCCUGGGCUCUAACCAACAUCGCGUCGGGUACCUCAGAGCAAACCCAAGCUGUGGUUCAGUCCAACGCCGUGCCGCUGUUCUUGAGGCUGCUCCACUCUCCUCACCAGAAUGUGUGUGAACAGGCCGUCUGGGCCCUGGGAAACAUCAUCGGUGACGGCCCACAGUGCAGAGACUAUGUGAUUAGCUUGGGAGUGGUCAAGCCCCUGCUAUCCUUCAUCAGCCCCUCAAUCCCCAUCACCUUCCUCCGCAACGUCACCUGGGUCAUGGUCAACCUGUGCCGCCACAAGGACCCCCCACCUCCGAUGGAGACGAUCCAAGAGAUCCUGCCUGCUCUCUGUGUGCUGAUCCACCACACUGACGUCAGUAUCUUGGUGGAUACUGUCUGGGCUCUGUCUUACCUGACGGAUGCUGGGAACGAGCAGAUCCAAAUGGUCAUCGACUCUAGCAUCGUUCCUCACCUGGUACCGUUGCUCAGUCAUCAUGAAGUUAAAGUUCAGACCGCUGCGCUGAGGGCCGUCGGUAACAUAGUGACCGGGACAGACGAGCAGACGCAGGUGGUCCUCAACUGCGACGCCCUCAGCCACUUCCCAUCGCUCCUCACUCACCCCAAAGAGAAGAUCAACAAGGAGGCAGUGUGGUUCCUGUCCAACAUCACAGCUGGCAACCAGCAGCAGGUGCAGGCCGUCAUUGAUGCAAAGCUGGUUCCCAUGAUCAUCCACCUGCUCGACAAGGGUGACUUUGGGACUCAGAAAGAAGCAGCCUGGGCCAUCAGUAACCUGACGAUAAGUGGGAGGAAAGAUCAGGUGGCCCACCUCAUAGAGAUGCAGGUGAUCCCUCCGUUCUGCAACCUGCUUACAGUUAAGGACGCUCAGGUCGUGCAGGUCGUUCUCGACGGCCUCAGUAACAUCCUGAAAAUGGCCGACGACGAGGCGGAAACUAUUGCCAAUCUCAUUGAAGAAUGCGGAGGGCUGGAAAAAAUUGAGCUUCUGCAAAAUCAUGAAAAUGAAGAUAUCUACAAAUUGGCAUAUGAAAUAAUAGAUCAGUACUUCUCAUCCGAUGAUAUUGACGAAGACACCAGCCUGGUCCCAGACGCCAUCCAAGGCGGGACUUUCGGCUUCAACGCAGCCAACGUGCCAGCCAAGGGGUUCCAGUUCUAGACGUCACCCUGGGGGGGUUUAUUCUGGAGUUUUGUUCGCGAUGCAGCACCCUGUUCAACAUAAACCAAUUAGGAGAGAAAGAGCGAGAGAGAGCGAGUGUGAGAAAUUCGAUCCAUUGUGCUUGGCUCGUGGGAUCCAUGGCUGCAUCUUAUCUGAGAGAGAAAAAUAUGUGGAUUUCAUUUGGCAUUCCAGGGGGAAACCAGCCCAAAUGAAGUUUGAGAUGGCGAGUGGGUGCGAGUGAGAAUGAGUGGCUACAUGUUGCAAAUGAAUAAAUAAAAAAAAAAAAAAAAGGGGAAAAAAAUUUUAAAAGAAGCAAAACAUCUACAUCGAUUGCGUUGAGAAGACACGCUGACGCAACUUCUGUUUUUAUCGGAGCCGCCGCCGUCGACUUCCGGGAAAACUUCAAACGACGGAAAGAAAAGAAAAAACAAACCUUGGAUGUGGAUGGGAACCGUGGACACUUACCAAUAGGAAAUCAAGACAUCUUGAAAUAUCUCGAGAAAAAAGCAGAAAUGAAUAUAAUUAUGAACAGAGAUGAAACACAAAUCAUCACAAUUCUGCAAUUCCCCCCCCCCUCCGCCACGAGAGGGCGCCACCUAGCCCCUCUCACCCCAACCAAUCGGCCACGUCUAUCAGACACGAGUGUGAAUGGACUCAUUGUGUAUGAAUGUCUGGACUCAGCGCAGAGGAGCCAGGUUCAUCUCCUAACGAGAAUGCCCUCUGAUUGGGCGACCAUCCUCAAGCCCCUUCCACCCCGCUGCCCCCUCACCUGUCUCUCCUCGAAUGGGCGGGGCCAGGAGUCCGACUGAACGUAUCGCGUGUGCGAGAGAAUGGACGGAUGAGUUGUGUGUGUGUGUGCGGGCGUGACUGGGAAAGUGCGCGUGUCUGGAUGAGAGCGCAUGCGGAGGCGG